CGUUUUGUGGCAAAAAUCUCUCAUACCGCAAGUGAUAUUUUCACACAUCAGAAAGGAGCAGCACUAUCUUCGGCAGCAAGUAGUGGUCACUACUCUUCGUUUUCCUGCAGAUGAAAAGAUCGAUGUGGUAUUCCAAUAAUAAGCUUAUCUUCUUCUUCAUCAUUCUCUGGUUCUUCUCAUUGGGUGGCGUAUAUUCUCAACCAUUGAAACGAUACAAGUUCGUUGUGAAAGAAGCUCGAUACACGAGACUCUGCAGCACAAAGAAUAUAUUAACUGUGAACGGACAAUUUCCGGGGCCAGUUAUUAGUGCUCAGAAGGGUGAAACAAUAUAUGUCGAUGUUUAUAACAGAGGCAGAGACAACAUCACUUUACACUGGCAUGGAGUGAAGCAGCCGAGGAAUCCAUGGCCGGAUGGUCCUGUGUACAUCACACAGUGUCCGAUACAACCGGGAGGGAGGUUCAGGCAGAAGGUGGUUUUCUCUACAGAGGAAGGAACCUUGUGGUGGCAUGCUCACAGUGAUUGGUCCAGAGCCACCGUCCACGGCGCUAUUAUUGUUUAUCCCCGCCGUAACUACCCUUUUCCGAAGCCUCAUGCGGAGAUACCCAUCAUCUUCGGAGAAUGGUGGAAGAGUGAUGUGAGGAAAGUGUACACGCAGUUCCUUAGAUCAGGAGGAUCUCCGAAUGACUCCGAUGCCAUCACUAUAAAUGGCCAACCAGGUGACCUUUAUCCUUGCUCCAAAUCAGGAACUUUCAAGGUAAAUGUGGACAAAGGGAGGACUUACCUUCUUCGAAUGGUUAAUGCUGCAAUGAACCUGUUCCUCUUUGUGUCUGUCUCAAAUCACAAGCUAACCCUUGUGGGGACAGAUGGAAGCUACACGAGGCCACUGGUAAGGGAUUACAUCACAAUAGCUCCGGGACAGACAAUGGACUUUUUGUUACAUGCCAACCAGAAGCCUAAUCGUUACUACAUGGCAGCAAGGGCAUAUUCAAGUGGUGUUGGAGUUCCCUUUGACAAUACCACAACCACAGCUAUUAUUCAGUACAGUGGCAGAUACAACACAUCUUCGUCUCCGUCGUUACCCAAACUUCCUUAUUAUAAUGAUACAGAAGCAGCUUUUAAGUUCUAUAGCAGUAUUAGAGGGUUGCCGGAGAAAUUUCCUCAUUUAAUCCCAGCGAAUUGCUCUACCAACAUAGUGACCACCCUGUCCAUAAACACGUUUCCAUGCCGGAGAGGCCAGACCUGUCAGGGACCCAACGGAACUCGAUUGGCUUCGAGUAUGAGCAAUAUAAGUUUUCAGAACCCAAGCAUUGAUAUACUGGAAGCUUACUACUACCGCAUUAAUGGAGUGUUUGGGACGCGAUUUCCCAUGUUUCCGCCAUUGAUGUUCAACUUCACAGCAGAUUAUUUGCCGAUGGUUCUGGAGAUACCCAGGAGAGGGACGGAGGUGAAGGUUCUGAGGUAUGGUGCAACAGUCCAAAUUGUGUUUCAAGGCACAAACUUGGUUGCCGGGAUCGACCAUCCGAUGCAUCUUCAUGGAUUCAGUUUCUAUGUUGUUGGAUAUGGAAAGGGGAAUUUCAACGAAAAAAUGCACACCAAGGAUUUCAAUCUGAUUGAUCCUCCGCUCGUGAACACCGUUGCUGUACCCAAAAAUGGCUGGGCUGCUGUCAGGUUUGAGGCGGCCAACCCAGGGGUAUGGUUGCUGCAUUGCCAUCUGGAGCGGCACAUUGCUUGGGGGAUGGAGACUGUGUUCAUCGUGAGGAAUGGGUUAAGGUCCAAUCAAACUUUGCCUCCUCCCCCACCUGACAUGCCACGCUGUUGAGUCCUUUUCAGACUUUUCAAAGUGUGUGAAAAAUGUCUCCACAAUAAGAUUGAUGCUUCCCCCAAUAUAAGUUCAUCACAAUGCAAUUUGAUUUACAAGGUUGUUUCUCAUUAAAUAAUCGGUUUGAAUGUAUAGGAUUAUUCGAUGCUUGUCGAUAUCUCAGAAACUUUGCCUAUUUGAUAUAAACUGUGUUUUGGACGUAAAUUAGUAGUUCAUGAUUUGGGAUUAUGAUGAUGGGAAAUACGAGUGUGUACCGUGUUUUGUAAUAACUUUCUCUUUGCUCAAUCUCUCUGUUAUAAACUUUUGAUAAAUUUCAACGUCAAUAA